AUGAGCAUUGACGUGCAGCUGCACAGUACUGCUGAGCGAUUGUGCGAAAAGACGGCCCUAAUCUUCCCUUGGUUCGCUGCGCAGACGGCCUGGAGCGAUACGAAGGCGCAAAGCAGGUUAGCAUGUCCGCGUGACCGUGUUUGCCUUGGUUGGCGGAGCCUCUCCUUAUUUGAUGACUCCCUUUCUGCGGACACACCGACCGCUGCCUGCCUGCCAAUCAACGGGCACGUCCUGUCGCCGGGGCAGUUUUGCGCAGGACGAGCAGAGGCACGGCAGUGGCGACCUUGCAACGGGCUGCAAACAGGUGACAAGGCUGGUGGAGAGAAGAGACAUGCAUCACACAUAUUCGCAUCGGCCCUUGCCUUGCGGGCUCGCGGGCUUGGAGGCGGCCCCUCACGUCGAGAGCACCGGGGCCCAGUGUCUCUGCUGUCGCAUCUGCGAAUCUGGCUUACACCGACUUGA